GGCUGUAACAAAACUUUAAGCAACACCACUGGCAUCAUCAAAAGCCCCAACUACCCCUUAAACUACUUUGAUAACACAGCUUGUUCAUGGACCAUUCAAGCUCCAACUGGCCAUGUGAUAUCUCUUAGGUACAGCUUAUUUGGCAUGGGCAUUGUUACUUUCUUUAAUAAAUCAUUAGGCAUCAUGAAGUGCUUAAAAUAAAUGAGCAAACACCAAAGUGGAAGCAUAUUCAUUUCAAAAUUUAACAUUAAAAAAUAUUUUACUGUUGAAAGAGACACACAUGACCCAAAUAUGUUUUAAAAAUGAUUUCUACUAUGCACAAUUUGUUUCUGUUUUUCUAGAUUUUUCACUUUUGCACUGGAAAGGCAACAAAAAUGCACUUAUGAUUCAUUGAGUUUUUAUGAUGGAAGCUCUUCUCAUGCCAGGAGCAUUGGUGUCUAUUGUGGUCUAAGAAUACCUGGUCUUAUUCGCACUCAUGGCAAUAACUUGUACAUUGCUUUCAAGGGGGAUGGAUCCGUCACCUUUAUGGGUUUCUAUGCUGCUUACAGUUUCCAUGGUGAG